UGUCACUUUAUAUAUGGGCUCUGUGGGGUGGGGGGGAUUUGCGACUUGGAUAUUUCAAAUGAGCUCAAUAGGUUGUAUCAAGUGCACAAAUGAGCUCAAUAUGGUUCAUCGGUUAUAGAGAAUUAGAAUUUGCAACUUGGAUAUUUCAAAUGACUAACAAACAGUAAUCAAUUUAACUUUUCUUCCCUGUCAGUUUUAGUGCCUUUUCUUUUCUUAUUACUUUUAGGAGUUAAUUUUUGAGAUAUUUUAUGACUAACAAACUUGAAUUUUUUGCUAUUUAGUAGUGAAUUUGUAGCACAGUGGAAAUAUGUGGAAUGAGGGCGAUGUCUUCUACUUGCUCAUCCAAAGGAUUAUUAAGGUCUGGAAAAACUGAUUAUGGUUGUAGUAGGUUGGUCUGAAUUGCAGGAUUAUUAAGGUCUGGAAAAGUUGCAGCCUGAGAUGGACCAACUAUCUGAGGCCAAACUUGAAGAGAGGUCUUUUAUCAUAAUAUGAGGAGAAGAUAUGCGGGAUGAAGAGGUGAGCGAGAGAAACGUGACAUAUUUGGGCAGGGCUUGGAGAGGCAAACCCCAUAUGGUGUAUGCCUACACCAACAUGACCAAGGUGGUUAACCCUGCCGGCUGGAGCGACGAUAACCACCCUGAAUGUAACAACAAUGUGGCCUGCGAAGAGUACAAGUGCAUAGGUCCAGGUUCAAGUACAUAUAAUGAGAGAAAUUUGAGCAAAGAACUGACUGACAAACAAGUCAAGCCUUUCAUUAGCCUUGGAUAUAUUCAGGAUCGAAACAAAGUGAAAGCUUUUGACUGUGAAUUUUACAACUGCUGCCUUGCUGCUUUGUUUAGAUUGGACUCUCAUUACAGCAUUGUAAUCUGCUCUUGCUGCUGCGUUUUGAAUAAACACUUUGUUACGCUUGAAACAGUGGGUCUCGCUGCAACGCGCGAGGCUUAUUUUCUAGUUUUCUCUAAAACACAGAUGCAGAUAAGAAUAAAGAAAAAAUUUCUGUUAAAGACUCUCCGAUGACUCAUCUCACAAAAGUAGAGGCUGCUCAGGACUCUCAGACUCAACUCCAGCUCGAGGAGAAGAAUACUCUUCCAGCUAUUCUCGAGGACAAUAAUCCCACAUGCCUAGCCCGUCCUAAACUCAUAAUCAAGCUAGGCACAUUUUCCUCUAUGCCGACUACUUGUCGAAUUUGCUCUGAGUAUGGACACUUUCCUGGUAUGUGCCCCUGGAGGAAACGGCUCCCAAAAGGCGUCACCCAGGUUGGCAAGGGCUAUGUAGUAGAGUGGGGGCGUGCUGUUCGCCUUAAGUGUGUAUAUUGUUAUGAGAUUGGUACCCACAUGCUUAAUGACUGCCCGCAUUUUAAAAAACUACUUGACGAAAAUGGAGGGGAUGCGCCGUUGCACCCCUGUUUGCUCGAUGAUAUACCACUUGCUGAUUGCUGAAGUUGAGGGCUGGGUGCAUGUAUGCAGCAGCUGUUGAAUUAUCGUUUCAUUUUAGUGCUUAAACCGAACCAUACCAAUCUUAAUUGUUUUGGCAAGUGGUUUUCAAAAUUCUUAGGAUGUUGUUAACUGAACUGAUCCGAAUAUAUUUAUUUUAUUUUUUAGUCAUAAUUAAUAUGUGUAGUAAUAUAAAUAAUUAGAUAUUUAAGAGUUACUGUGUAUUCACCGCAUGAAAAUAAAACUUGGUUAGUUUAAGA